AUGCCUCCCACCUUUCAAGUCUCCAAUGACCCCUUGUUCAAAGUCAGACUGCUCGCGGCACUACGAAACGGGGACCCUGCUAUUAUCGUUCCGCUCAUCUCUGACAUAAACAAGAGCACCCGCGCUUCUCUUGACUCGGCAGACGCUGGUGCAGCGGCGUUGCAUCUCGCAAUUCGAUGUGCAAGCUGUGACACGAUCCUGUUGCUCUUGCAACAGCGACCUAUUUCUCCAAACGCAAUCGAUCCACCAGGGUCUGGAACAACAGCACUACAUCUAGCCGCUUCCAUUGGAAGAGCAGAUGUUGUGUCGUUGCUGUUGCAGGAAGAGGAGAUUGACGAUACACUCCGAGAUGCGCAUGGCAAGACCUGUCUGGACGUGGCAAAGACCAAGGAUGUCGUACGUAUCAUUAAAGACUCGAGAAACGUUCUCAAUGCAAACUACCUCUCUCUCUUGCGAGGCUAUAUUAUGUCGUCGGUAAACACACCACCUCCAGAAGCUUUGACCAAACUUCUCCAAUCCCCGCGAGUUCGAAACAUUGAUAUGAACCAGAUGGAUAUGGCUUCUGGGACAACACUCCUUCAUGAAGCUGUCAAACGGAAAGAUCUCAGCUUGAUUGAAUUAGCUGUACGGGCGGGUGCUGAUGUAUUCGUGCGCGAUAAACGAGGCCGCGGCGUGACAGAAAUGGCAGGCAAAGACGAUAGGACGAAGGCCUAUCUGCGACAAUUCACCAACCAAGACACCACACUUCUUGAACCAAAUGCAGUCCAAACAGAGGAACCGACGAUGCGCGGAUAUCUGACCAAGUACGGAAACCUUGCAAAGGGCUAUAACACUCGGUGGUUCGUUUUGAAAGAUGGAAUGCUGUCAUACUACAGGCAUCAAGACGAUGAGAACCUUGCCUGCAGAGGUUCUUUGUCAAUGAGGAAUGCGAGAGUGAAGACAUCACCGACUGAUAAACUCCGGUUCGAAAUUCAUGCCUCGACGAGGAAUGGAGAAGGAACCCCCGAGAAAUGGUAUAUGAAGGCCAAUCAUGCCGUGGAAGUGUCUCGCUGGGUUCAGUCAAUCCAAAGAUCGAUCGAAUGGAAUCGAAGAGGAAAAGGAGCGGAUCCGGAUGCAGCCAGCAUUCGAUCAACCGGCACGGAUCAAGGCACAACGCGCACGUCAAGUUCCGGGAAGAAGCGGUUUAGUAAAGCUGGCUCAGUCUUGAGCGGCAUCAAGCGUCCCAAAGUCUCUCGACCAGAUUCCCCUGUUCCAGACCAACAAGAUGAAAUCGCGCGUGACGAAGAAGGGGAUGGAUCCGAUGAGGAGCGGUCAUGGACCGCACCCACCGACCAGGAUACACCACCUCAUCAAGAUGCCUUUGAUCUGACCGGGAACACUAUCUCAACGCACCUGGAUCUUGCCUUGCAAAUCUUAGGCAGUGGGUCCUCGACGUCGAGGACCGAAGAAUCGCAGGUUACGCUGACAGCGUCCUUGUCCCAAGCCCAAACCAUGUUGGCAGAAUACACCAAGAUGGUUCAUGACAGAGAAACGUGGUACAAGGCUAAAAUCUCUCGCGAGCGCGAACGAGCUGCCAUCUGGGAGGACAGCCUUCAGAAAGUUGUUCAGCAAGGCGAGGAGCUAGAGGAAGAAUUGAAGAAGACGAUCCGCCAGAAUAAGGACCAGAGACGCAGGUCCAGAAUGUUUGAAGUCGACACCGAAGCCACAGUACGCCAGAAGUCCCCUAGAGCGGCUACGUUCACUAGUUCCGCGGAAGUGACGUUGGGCGCGUCGCUUUCCCCAGUAGUCGAGAAGUCUCCGGUCAUGAUGGUGCCCACAGAAGUGCCCGCUUCCCCUAACUCAGCUGCAACUCCUGCAACCUUUACAUCUCCACCUCCGACUGCAAUGACACUCGCACGAAGAAUGUCCUCCACGUCAUUUGAUUCGGACUCAGACGAAUUCUUCGAUGCCAUAGAAGCCAACGCUCUUCCAAAUAUGCACAUCCCGGAGGUGCUCCAAACUCACCUCGUCGAGACAGCUGGUCGUCCAUGGUUGGACCCGGAAACGUUUGCCGGCUAUCAGCAUCUCCGCGAACGCCUGAGCCUGGACGCAGACAACCGACCUCCCGUUUCUCUAUGGGCUGUACUCAAAGGGUGCAUUGGGCAGGAUCUGAGUCGCAUCAGUUUUCCUGUGUUCUUCAAUGAGCCGACGAGUAUGUUACAACGCAUGGCGGAAGACAUGGAGUUCUCAGAAUGCUUGGAUGUUGCUGCAAAGGAGCGCGAUCCCUUUUUGCGAAUCGCUUACGUAGCGGCAUUUGCAAUGUCGAACUAUUCCAGCACAAUUGGCCGCAUUGCAAAACCUUUUAAUCCGUGCUUGAGCGAGACCUUUGAGUACGCUCGGGUCGAUAAGCAAUUCAGAUAUAUCUCUGAAAAGGUCAUCCAUCAACCCCCGGUCACGGCUUGUAUGGCUCAGUCUCCGAACUGGCAAUACUAUGGCGAGGUCGAUGCGAAGAACAAGUUCUCGGGCAAGUCUUUUGAGAUUCGACCCACUGGUAUCGCACAUGUCGACCUAAAGCUGCCAAAAGACUGGGCGCCCAACUAUCCAGAGGUCAUUGAUGAUCCAACAAAGGUCACCGAGCACUAUAGCUGGAAAAAAGUUACCACAAACGUAUCCGGGUUCAUCUUAGGAGCUCCGACUAUCGACCACUAUGGCGAAAUGACUAUUAUCAACCACAGAACCAAGGACAAAUGCGUCCUGACAUUCAAGCCCCGCGGUUGGAAAGCUCGUGACUCUUUUGAGAUAAAGGGCCAGGUUCUUAAUGCACGAGGAGAGCCUCAGUAUGAUAUCGCAGGAAGAUGGAGCAGUCAAUUAGUUGCCCGUCGGACGGGCAACCAUACCGCCGACCUCUUGCCAGAUGUGACAGUGAAUCACACAUCACAAAGUCAUGAAUUUAUCCUCUUAUGGCGCAACUCGGAGAAACCACCAGCACCUUUCAACCUCACACCCUUUGCAAUUACACUCAAUGACUGCCCAGAUACGCUCAAGAAGUACCUCCCGCCGACGGAUUGUAGACUUCGCCCAGAUCAGCGAGCGUUUGAAGAGGGACAGUAUGAGAGAGCCAAUGUGCUCAAAAUGGAACAGGAAGAGUUCCAGCGGGCCACAAGGAGACGAAGAGAACGAGGAGAGAUACCGCCCCAUAAACCACGCUGGUUUGAGGCAAAGGUGGAGCCAGACUCUGGCGAGCGGUACUGGGCUCCUCUCAUGAAGGGGAGUCAGCUGGAGUACUGGUAUCAGCGAGAGAAAGUCACGAAAGCAAUCCAGGCGGGCAUGUCCGCUGAGUGGGAAGGGGUCGACAGGAUUUACAUCGACUCUGAGUUUUGA